GGGCCCACCCGCUCAGUGCGGCGUCUAACGGAGCAUUCAGGGGGAAGAGUUCGCGAGCGCCCUCUAGGUGAAUUGAAUGGGUAGGGACGGAAUCUCCUGUCACUGUUACGCUCGGCAAACCGGAAGCUGGCGUUGGAAAUGUUUGUGUUGUGACGAGGCGCCGGAUUUUAUGUUUUAAACUAGGCGAAAGCAUCGUGUUUUCUCCCACCGAGAGAGGUCAGAACCGCAUUUAAAUGCGAGUUAAGAGCUAAACAUUUUCAUGACGGGCUAAUCGUGUUAUAAAUGAGAACAGCAAAAGUAGCGCGAGAGUAAUGUCGACCAAAACAAACGCAAGUAAGACCAAAGACAGCGCCGAAGUUAUUAAAAACCACCAUAAGCAGGCGUUUGAGUAUAUAUCGAAGGCAUUGAAGAUCGAUGAAGAUGACACAGGAGAGAAGAAGGAGGCUGUGCAGUGGUACAAGAAAGGGAUUUCUGAGCUUGAAAGGGGUAUAUUAAUAGAGAUCUCGGGUCAAGGAGAGCAGUAUGACAGAGCAAAGAGACUUCAAGAUAAAAUGGUCAACAACCUAACCAUGGCAAAAGACAGGCUUGCCCUUUUAGAGGCAACACUGGCCUCUAAAAAGAGAAGUGACCCCCGGGAGACAUCAACUCACGCCCUUCCAAAACCAAAGUCAGCUCCUAAAAGCCAGUCUGUAGGUGCUUCCACCAACAUCAGACCCUCUACUGCUGUAAGACCUCCAUCGAGACCAGCUGACCCAAAGCCAAACCCUCGGAUGGGAAAAGCUCAAAACGGAAGACCAGUGGCUGUGAAACAGCCCCCGAAGAAGGAUUUAAAAAACUUCAAGAAUGUGGACAGCAAACUGGCCAACUUGAUUCUGAAUGAAAUUGUAGACAGGGGAGCGACCGUGUCCUUUGAAGACAUUGCGGGACAGGAUCUGGCAAAGCAAGCACUUCAAGAAAUUGUCAUUCUUCCUGCCUUAAGACCUGAGCUUUUUACUGGUCUGAGAGCUCCUGCACGUGGCUUGCUUUUAUUUGGCCCCCCUGGGAAUGGGAAAACCAUGCUUGCCAAAGCAGUUGCUGCAGAGUCUAAUGCAACUUUCUUAAACAUCAGCGCUGCCAGUUUGACCUCCAAAUACGUGGGAGAAGGCGAGAAGCUUGUAAGAGCGCUGUUUGCAGUAGCAAGAGAAUUGCAGCCCUCAAUCAUCUUCAUCGAUGAAGUGGACAGCUUGCUUUGUGAAAGGAGGGAGGGGGAGCACGAUGCUUCUCGCCGUUUAAAAACUGAGUUCCUCAUUGAGUUUGAUGGGGUGCAGUCAGGAAACGAUGACCGCGUCCUUGUAAUGGGAGCAACUAACAGACCUCAGGAGCUGGAUGAAGCAGUGUUAAGGCGCUUUGCAAAAAGAGUGUAUGUGACAUUACCUGAUGAGAAGACAAGAUUAACACUGCUGAAAAACCUUUUGGGAAAGCACGGGAGUCCACUGAGCCACAGUGACCUGUCCCAUCUUGCAAAAGCGACUGCAGGAUAUUCAGGAAGCGAUCUGACAGCAUUAGCCAGAGAUGCUGCACUGGGCCCAAUAAGAGAGUUGGGACCGGACCAAGUCCGUAUGAUGCCUGCUACUGAGAUGCGUAACAUCAAGAAGAAAGACUUUGAGGAUUCUCUGAAGCGAAUCAAGCCCACUGUUAGUUCCACAACUCUUCAUAUGUACACCAACUGGAACAAGGAUUUUGGUGAUACGUCAGCUGUUUGAACUUAACAGCUCACUCUUUGAAAGACCUGAAAAUAAAAUUUAGUUUCCUUUGUUUUCCUGCACGGGUCAAUAACACAAAUAAUACCUGGAAUGAACCCUUUAUGGAUUGUUAAAGCAAUAAUGUGUGAAUAUUGUGAAAUUUGGAAGCAUCACGAAUCAUUUUCCUGUUUGACAGAAGGAUUUUUCUAAUACAGUUCUUACUGGGGGGUUUAAAAUUGUAUUUUUACACUCCUAAAACUGUAUUGCUGCUUGAAUUUGUAAUAUUUAUUUUUGAGAACGUCCUGUAGAAUUACAGUCAUACAUCAAUGGUACUGAUUUUUAACACUCUCUGUGCCUAGGUGCAUGUAACAGGAGCAAUAAAUGGGAGAAGAACAGCCUAAGUGGCUUCUUUGUAUUAUAAGUUUGUUUGUAAAGGUUUUCCAUCUGCACAACUAGUCUGUAGAUACAAAUACUUAUAUUUGAAAACAGGAGACUUAAUAAACUGCUGUGUUGAGCCAGCUUGCAGUGGUUUCCCACUUUCCUCCUCCUUCAAUAAAUGCAUUCAUUAUGUUA